UUCCGGACUUGUUACCGGAACUCCCGGCUUCCCCAACUCUCCCCAAAAGUUUACCGUUAUAUUCCAACACCACCAAUGUCCUCUCUCUCUGUCUCUCUCCCCUGCUGUCCAGUCUGUCCUCCAAUCCCACAACCAAACAACUGCCAAAACCCAAUCAAUUAGCACCCAAGAAAAAAUUGAGACCCACAAAGAGAUUGUUACCUUGUCAUCAAUCUUCUUUGAUCUUUGUUUACCAAUUCCUUAAUUUGAUUGGGUUGGGUUGGAUUGGUCAAUUGAUGUUUGGGAAUUGUUUGUUUGGUAGUAAAUAAAAGAAGGGAAAGGGGGAGAGAUUAGGAGCACGUGAGACUACUCAUCCCAUCUAAUAAUUUUGGGUGGUUUUGAUUGCUCUCCAAAUAAAUAAAUAAAUAAAAACUAAGUGGAAGAGAAUCAUAUCACCUUAGGUGUUUUUAGAUAUGGACAAUUUAUUGGGUCUUCUCAGAAUUCGGAUCAACCGCGGUAUCAACCUCGCUGUCCGUGAUGUUCGUAGCAGCGAUCCUUACGUUGUGGUCAAGAUGGGUAAACAGAAACUAAAGACUCAUGUUAUAAGGAAGGAUAUCAAUCCAGAAUGGAAUGAAGAUUUAACACUCUCCAUUUCAGAUCCUGAUCUUCCAAUCAAGCUGACCGUGUAUGACCACGACACAUUCACCAAAGACGACAAAAUGGGAUACGCGGAGUUUGGCAUAAAAGAAUUUGUAAAGGCAAUGAGAAUGAAUUUGCGCGACCUUCCAGCUGGGACGGUGGUGGCAAGAGUGUUGCCAUCAAGGCAAAACUACCUAGCGGAAGAAAGUUGCAUAACGGCGACAGACGGCAAGAUCUCGCAAAAUAUGUGCCUAAGAUUGAAAAAUGUGGAAUGUGGUGAAGUGGAAUUGGCACUGCAUUGGAUUGACCUUCCUGGCAGCAAGAGUUUAUAGAGAGAUCAUAACCGGAGGUGACUCAAUCAUUAGACCAGUUAGGCUAUUGUCUAAGGCAAAAAAAACUUUUUCAAAAAGUUCUUAUUGUUGAAAGUCUCAACUUUUCAAAGGUAUUGCUAGAUAAGGCUUAAUUUUGAUAUUACCUCCAAAAAUUUUGAGCCGCUACUGUUCGUGACUGAAAUAUAUAUAUGGGUUUUGCUUUCAGGCUUCUUCUACUACUCUGCUCUCAAUGUCAAAGGGAAUCUCAUGGUGUGGGGAGGUUUCCGUUUUUUUUGUUUUUGUUUUUGUUUUUGUAAACAUAUGUGACAGAUUGGCCUUGAUUCUACAUCUGCAAUAUUUGUACAAGGUUUAUUAUAGCUUAGUAUAUGACCUUGAAGGUUCUUGUCA